CGUCCGCAGGUCUCGGGCCGAUGUCCCAGGUGAGCGGCCAGAGCCCCCCUCUCUGCGACGCGCCCCAUGGAGCCCCCAGCGCAGCCCCAGGCCCAGGCCCGACCCCCUCCCUCCCACCGGGGUUGGAGGUAGUGACAGAGCCCAAGCCCACCUGCCCUGUGGAGGUGAUAUUGGAGGAGGGCUCCCCGGAAGAGGUGGCACCCCACAUGCCUCAAGACAAGGACCCCGGGGCCCUCCAGAGCCUGGACAGCACUGACCUCGAUAUCCCCAUAGAAGCUGUGACACGCCAGCCACAGGGGAACCCCUUGGGCGGCACCCCACUACUGGCGAAUGGUUCUGGCCAGCUCUCAGAGCUGGGCAGCACCAGGCGGGCAGGCAACGGUGCCUUGGGGGGACCCAAGGCCCACGGGAAGUUGCAGACACACGCAUCUCUCGCCAGCCAGGGCAGCAAGAAGAGCAAGGGCAGCACCAAGUCGGCCGUCUCCCAGAUCCCGCUUCAGGCCCAGGAAGACUGCUGCGUCCACUGCAUCCUGUCUUGCCUGUUCUGCGAGUUCCUGACCCUGUGCAACAUCGUGCUGGACUGCGCCACCUGCGGCUCCUGCAGCUCCGAGGACUCGUGUCUGUGCUGCUGCUGCUGCGGCUCUGCCGAGUGCUCCGAGUGCGACCUGCCCUGCGACCUGGACUGCGGCAUCCUGGACGCCUGCUGCGAGUCGGCCGACUGCCUGGAGAUCUGCAUGGAGUGCUGCGGGCUCUGCUUCUCCUCCUGA